GCAGGCAAAUGCAACAUGCUCUCCAGCCUGGGGUGUCUUCUUCUCUGUGGGAGUGUUGCCCUUGCCCUGGGAAAUGCACAGAAAUUGCCAAAAGGUAAACGACCAAAUCUGAAGGUGCACAUCAACACUACGAGUGACUCCAUCCUCUUGAAGUUCCUGCGUCCAAGUCCAAAUGUAAAGCUUGAAGGUUUUCUCUUGGGAUACGGCAGCAAUGUGUCUCCAAACCAGUACUUUCCUCUUCCCACAGAAGGCAAAUUCACCGAGGCUGUAGUUGAUGCAGAGCCGAAGUAUCUGAUAGUUGUGCGACCUGCUCCCCCUCCAAGUCAAAAGAAGUCGUGUUCAGGUAAAUCUCGUCCUCGCAAACCUCUCCAGUUGGUGGUUGGCACUCUGACACCAAGCUCAGUCUUCCUGUCCUGGGGUUUCCUUAUCAAUCCACACCAUGACUGGACAUUGCCAAGUCACUGUCCCAACGACAGAUUUUACACAAUUCGCUAUAGAGAAAAAGAUAAAGAAAAGAAAUGGAUUUUUCAACUCUGUCCAGCUACUGAAACAAUUGUGGAAAAUCUAAAGCCCAACACAGUUUAUGAAUUUGGAGUAAAAGACAACAUAGAAGGUGGAAUUUGGAGUAAAAUUUUCAAUCAUAAGACUAUUGUUACAAGUAAAAACAAAAUAAAUGGAAAAAUUCAAAGCACUUAUGACCAGGUCCACACUGUGCCAUCAUACGUCCCAAGGAAGCUUAUUCCAAUAACAAUCAUCAAGCAAGUGAUUCAGAAUGUUACUCAUCGGGCUUCAACUAAAUCCCCAGACAAGAUUCCCUUUGGAGGAACAAUACUAGUCCACCUUAUAAUUCCAGGUCUGAAUGAUACCACUGUGAAGCUUCCCACAUCCAUAAUGUUUGAGAUUUCAGAUGCCCUCAAGGUGCAAUUAGCUAAGAAUGAAACCUUGGCAUUACCUGCUGAAUCUAAAACACCAGAGGUAGAAAAGCUCCCAGAACAGCCCAUAACAGUGACUCCUGAAACAGUUUCAAGAACCACGGUUUCUAGUACGUUAGACAUUUCAGAAACAACACUGGUUUUCAGCGAGAUGACGCCAGAAAUGCCGCAAACUGUUCUAAUACCUAAGUUUGAACUGCCACUGAGCACUCUAGCUCCAAAGAGGCUCCCAGAGUUUCCUGAGGCAAAAACACCAUCCCCUUUUGAGAGACUUGGGGGUACCUUGGCUUCGAGUGAAAAGCCCUGGAUGGCACCUAUAGUUAAAACAUCUGAAGAUUCCAAAGCUGUGCAGCCUCAAACUGCAACUUAUGAUGCUUUCUCAAGCUCUACAACUUCAGAUGAGACUGGAAUAGAGCCCCAUACAGCAACAAGUGAUCCUAUUCUGGACUCUGUCCCACCUAAAACUUCUAGAACUCUUGAACAGCCAAAGGCAACACCGGCACCAAGUAAAGCAUCAUUUACUCCUCAUAAAGUGGAACCCUUCACCAGCCCUGAAACGCAACCUACAACAGCUGCUCCCCAGCAAACCACAUCAGUCCCUUCUACGCCUAAACGACGCCCCAGACCCAAAACGCCAAAAAUCAGACCCGCCCCAGAAUCUCAGACUCUACCGGCAUCCCAGUCAACAAAAGCUCCACCAAAGACCAAACGACCAGGUCGCCGCCGCCCCCAUCCUAAAACCACACGUAGUCCAGGAGUACCCAAGUCUAAACCUGCUCUAGAACCGACCACUGUACGACCGGAGCUCUUGGUUUCCACGAUUGCACAAAAAUCAUCCCAGAGACCUAAAGCCAUGCCCAGACCAGAAGUACUCCAAGUCCAGCCUGAUCCAAAACCACCAAAGCAGUUGCUUCCUAAGCCCCAAACCACAGCACCUGACAUGCCACCAGCUAAAUCCGUCUAUGAGCCUGUAACAUCUGAAACAGAAGCUCCUUCUAUAACUAUAGUUCCUACCACAGACAUUGCACAUGUAAUUAAGAGAACCGAGGCGCCAGUGACAACAUUAGCUCCAAAAAUAUCACGACCAAGAACUCGCCGUCCACGUCCCAAACCCAAAACCACUCCAAGCCCAAAGAUACCUCAGACUAAACCAGCCUUUGGACCUGUUACUCCUGAGUCAUCUUUAGCUCCAUCAACAAAAAGAAUACAUCCUCCACAUCCCAAACCUAAAACCAUACCUGAUCCAGAAGUACCACAGAUAAUAUUGGCUCCCCGGCAGAUGCCACACAUUCCUCCCAAGCUAAAAACACCACGCCCAAGAAUCCCACCAACACAGCGAGUUCCUAAAGGGUCCCGGCAUACCACUUCAAAACCAAAACUGUCACCAAGUCCAGAAGUGUCAGACACUGUACCUGCUCCAAAAGAUGAACUACUUUCCCAUAAACCAGACCCUGAGGCCUCUCACAGUGAACUUGUUCUGCAACCUGUCACCUUUCGAGUUGAGCCACCAAAGACAACAACAGCUUCUUUAGAGACAUCAGGCAGCCCUUUUAAACCUGUAAUUUCACCACAUCCCGGUCAAGAAGAACUACAGACAACUCUGGAAGAAAUAAACCAGCCUACCCAAGCACACUUCACAACCAGGAUUCCACGAACAACUGAAUUGGCAAAGACAACUCAGGCACCACACAGAUUGUACACUGCUCCUGUGAGACCCAGGAUACCGGACAAAUCACACAUCAGACCUGUUCUGAACAGGACAGCUACAAGACCUAUUAAACCCAAACCCAGCAGGAUGCCCAGUGGAAAUGGAGUGGGAACAGGAACAAAGCAAGCACCGAAGCCAUCAAGUACUGGUAGAAAUGUGUCAGUGGACACACAUACUACAAGAAAGCCAGCUACAAUCCCAGGAAUACGUCGCCCACCUAUGCCACCUAGACCUGUGCCCCCACAGAGAAAACCUUUACCACCAAAUAAUGUCACUGGAAAGCCAGGAAGUGCAGGAAUCAUUUCCUCAGGACGAGUAACUUCCUCACCCCUGGAAGCAGCACUCACAUCUACUGGAGCACCCUCAGAGAGACCAGAGAUAGAUAAAAGGCCACCAACAGCUCCUGCCUCUGGAGAAGAACUUGGUAGUGCAUCCAACUUUAGCUCAAGCCCAACAAAAGAAACUGAUCAUCUUGGGAAGCCGAGAUUCACAGGGCCUCAUGUGCGAUAUAUUCCAAAGCCUGACAACAGCCCCUGUUCAAUCACCGACUCAGUCAAACGGUUCCCUACAGAGGAAGCCACAGAAGGGAAUGUCACCAGUCCACCACAGAAUCCACCCACCAACCUCACCGUGGUUACCGUGGAAGGGUGCCCCUCAUUUGUCAUCUUGGACUGGGAAAAGCCACUAAACGACACUGUCACUGAAUAUGAAGUUAUAUCCAGAGAAAAUGGGUCAUUCAGUGGGAAGAACAAGUCCAUCCAAAUUACGAAUCAAACUUUCUCCACAGUAGAAAAUCUUAAACCAGAUACAAGCUAUGAAUUCGAGGUCAAACCUAAAAACCCACUUGGUGAAGGCCCACCCAGCAAAACAGUGGCAUUCAAUACAGAAUCAGCUGACCCAAGAGUGAGCGAGCCAAUUUCUGGUAAGUACUUGUCCAGUAGGGGAAAACUACAUACUAAAUUAAGUAAGUACAGAAGAACCUGAGCUAAGAUUCCAUCCCCAUCCCACCCCCCUUAGCCUUGUUAGAUGAUCAGGUGUGUGAAUGUAAACACUUUACGUUGAGAACCUAUCUGGGGAAGGGAGGUAUUCUGAAAUUUGCUUUCACUCAUGUACUGUCAAU